CAGCAGUGAGGUCUUAUGUCCCUGCCCAGUGAUGCCCUGGCCCCCGAGGGUACCAUUUCUGGGAUGGCUCCUAGCCCAGUUUUUUGGAGCAAACUCUUGGGGGGAGGGAAGGGGCGGGAGGAACCAGAGCCUGUCUUUAGAGAAAGAAGCAGGGCGGCUCUGCACAGGACUUUGUGCAGUCAUGAGGAGGAGGAGGAGGAGCCAGCAGAGCCUGGUGGUUGCUAGGUGACCGAGCAGCAGUGGCUCCACCCCCAUGGAGCCGAGGAGGGUGGGUGCAUGACGUCAGGUGGAGCUGGUGCUGCGGCCACUGAGGCUGCCAUCAGCCUAAGCUGGCGAACUGGGCCAGGCACCUCUCCGGUGCCGGCCGGAGCCUGGCUGUCCCUCUGCGCACCUGCGGGGGCUUAUGCGUCUGAGCUGCAGCCGUUUGCGGGCUGGGAAGCUGCCAGGCCUGGAAGCUAAGGCUGCAUUGUUGGGAUUUGAUGCACUAAUCUCCUGUCUCCGCCGCCUUUCCCUCUGUUCGGUCUCUUUGCCUCCCUUCGUCUGUCCUUCCUCUGUGUGUUUGUCCAUCCUCCUCUGCCCCUCCUUCUCUUUCCUCUCCUGGCUUUCUUUGGUUUUCUGCAAUGAUGAGACAGGCACCGACAGCCCGAAAGACCACAACUCGGCGGCCCAAGCCUACCCGCCCAGCCAGUACUGGGGUGGCUGGGGCCAGUAGCUCCCUGGGCCCCUCUGGCUCAGCAUCAGCAGGUGAACUGAGCAGCAGUGAGCCCAGCACUCCAGCUCAGACUCCACUGGCAGCACCCAUCAUCCCCACGCCGGCCCUCACCUCUCCUGGAGCAGCCCCCCCACUUCCUUCCCCCUCCAAGGAGGAGGAGGGGCUGAGGGCCCAGGUGCGGGACCUGGAGGAGAAACUGGAGACCCUGCGGUUGAAACGGGCAGAAGACAAGGCAAAGCUAAAAGAGCUGGAGAAACACAAGAUCCAGCUGGAGCAGGUGCAGGAAUGGAAGAGCAAAAUGCAAGAGCAGCAGGCAGACCUGCAGCGGCGCCUCAAGGAGGCGCGGAAGGAAGCCAAAGAGGCACUGGAGGCAAAGGAACGCUACAUGGAGGAGAUGGCUGACACUGCUGAUGCCAUCGAGAUGGCCACUCUGGACAAGGAGAUGGCCGAAGAGCGGGCUGAGUCCCUGCAGCAGGAGGUGGAGGCACUGAAGGAGCGUGUGGAUGAGCUCACCACUGACUUGGAGAUCCUGAAGGCUGAGAUUGAAGAGAAGGGCUCAGAUGGGGCUGCGUCCAGUUAUCAGCUCAAGCAGCUCGAGGAGCAGAACGCCCGCCUGAAGGAUGCCCUGGUGAGGAUGAGGGAUCUUUCUUCCUCAGAGAAGCAGGAGCAUGUGAAACUGCAGAAGCUCAUGGAGAAAAAGAACCAAGAGCUGGAAGUUGUGAGGCAACAACGGGAGCGUCUGCAGGAGGAACUGAGCCAGGCAGAGAGCACCAUCGAUGAACUCAAGGAACAGGUGGAUGCUGCUCUCGGUGCUGAGGAGAUGGUGGAGAUGCUGACAGACCGGAACCUGAAUCUGGAAGAGAAAGUGCGGGAGUUGAGAGAGACUGUGGGGGAUUUGGAAGCAAUGAAUGAGAUGAAUGAUGAGCUGCAGGAGAAUGCACGUGAGACAGAACUGGAGCUGCGGGAGCAGUUGGACAUGGCAGGCGCCCGGGUCCGGGAGGCCCAGAAGCGUGUGGAGGCAGCCCAGGAGACGGUUGCAGACUACCAGCAAACCAUCAAGAAGUACCGCCAGCUGACCGCCCACCUACAGGAUGUGAAUCGGGAACUGACAAACCAGCAGGAAGCGUCUGUGGAGAGGCAGCAGCAGCCACCUCCAGAGACAUUUGACUUCAAGAUCAAAUUUGCUGAGACUAAGGCCCAUGCCAAGGCGAUUGAGAUGGAAUUGAGGCAGAUGGAGGUGGCCCAGGCCAACCGGCACAUGUCCCUGCUGACAGCCUUCAUGCCUGACAGCUUCCUUCGGCCAGGUGGGGACCAUGACUGUGUCCUGGUGCUGCUGCUCAUGCCUCGUCUCAUUUGCAAGGCAGAGCUGAUCCGGAAGCAGGCCCAGGAGAAGUUUGAACUAAGUGAGAACUGUUCAGAGCGGCCUGGGCUCCGAGGAGCUUCUGGGGAACAGCUCAGCUUUGCUGCUGGGCUAGUGUACUCACUGAGUCUGCUGCAGGCCACACUCCACCGCUAUGAACAUGCCCUCUCUCAGUGCAGUGUGGAUGUGUAUAAGAAGGUGGGCAGCCUCUACCCUGAGAUGAGUGCGCAUGAGCGCUCCUUGGAUUUCCUUAUUGAGCUGCUGCACAAGGAUCAGCUGGAUGAGACUGUUAAUGUAGAGCCUCUCACCAAGGCCAUCAAAUACUACCAGCAUCUGUACAGCAUCCACCUUGCUGAACAGCCUGAGGAUAGUACCAUGCAGCUGGCUGACCACAUUAAGUUCACCCAGAGUGCCCUGGACUGCAUGAGCGUGGAGGUGGGGCGGCUGCGUGCCUUCUUGCAGGGUGGGCAGGAGGCUUCAGAUAUUGCCCUCCUACUCCGGGACCUGGAAACAUCAUGCAGUGACAUCCGCCAGUUCUGCAAGAAGAUCCGAAGGCGAAUGCCGGGGACAGAUGCUCCUGGGAUCCCAGCUGCACUGGCCUUUGGACCACAGGUAUCCGACACACUCCUAGACUGCAGGAAACACUUGACGUGGGUGGUGGCUGUGCUGCAGGAGGUGGCAGCUGCUGCUGCUCAGCUCAUUGCCCCAUUGGCAGAGAAUGAGGGACUGCCUGUGGCUGCCCUGGAGGAGCUGGCUUUCAAAGCAAGCGAGCAGAUCUAUGGGACCCCCUCUAGCAGCCCCUAUGAGUGUCUGCGCCAGUCGUGCAAUAUCCUCAUCAGUACCAUGAACAAGUUGGCCACAGCCAUGCAGGAGGGAGAGUAUGAUGCAGAGCGGCCCCCCAGCAAGCCUCCUCCAGUUGAGCUGCGGGCUGCAGCCCUUCGUGCAGAGAUCACAGAUGCUGAAGGCCUGGGCUUGAAGCUUGAAGACCGAGAGACAGUUAUCAAGGAGUUGAAGAAGUCUCUCAAGAUCAAGGGGGAGGAGCUGAGUGAGGCCAACGUGCGGCUGAGCCUCUUGGAGAAGAAGUUGGACAGUGCUGCCAAGGAUGCAGAUGAGCGCAUCGAAAAAGUCCAGACUCGGCUGGAGGAGACCCAGGCACUGCUGCGGAAGAAGGAGAAAGAGUUUGAGGAGACGAUGGAUGCACUCCAGGCUGACAUCGACCAGCUAGAGGCAGAGAAGGCAGAGCUAAAGCAGCGGCUGAACAGCCAGUCCAAGCGCACAAUCGAGGGGCUCCGGGGGCCCCCUCCCUCGGGUAUAGCUACCCUGGUCUCUGGCAUUGCUGGUGAAGAACAGCAGCGAGGAGGCGCCCCUGGGCAGGCUCCUGGGUCUGUGCCAGGCCCAGGGCUGGUGAAGGACUCACCACUGCUGCUUCAGCAGAUCUCUGCCAUGAGGCUGCACAUCUCCCAGCUCCAGCAUGAGAACAGCAUCCUCAAGGGAGCCCAAAUGAAGGCAUCGUUAGCAGCCCUGCCCCCUCUGCAUGUGGCAAAGCUCUCCCUUCCACCCCAUGAGGGCCUUGGCAGUGACCUAGCAGCUGGAGCACUGUAUCGUAAGACCAGCCAGCUCCUGGAGACAUUGAAUCAGCUGAGUACACACACCCACGUGGUAGACAUCACUCGUACCAGCCCUGCUGCCAAGAGCCCAUCGGCUCAGCUCCUGGAGCAAGUGGCUCAGCUCAAGUCCCUAAGCGACACCAUCGAGAAGCUCAAGGAUGAAGUCCUCAAGGAGACCGUGUCUCAGCGCCCUGGUGCCACGGUCCCCACUGACUUUGCCACCUUCCCUUCAUCUGCCUUCCUCAGGGCCAAGGAGGAGCAGCAGGAUGACACUGUCUACAUGGGCAAAGUGACCUUCUCGUGUGCGGCUGGCCUUGGACAGCGACACCGGCUGGUGCUGACCCAGGAGCAGCUGCACCAGCUUCACAGUCGCCUCAUCUCCUAAGUGCUCCUUCCCUCACGUUCCCUUCUACCCUCUGCCCGAUGCACAGCCACCUCAGCCAGUCCCCAGGUAGAACCAUGUAUGUAAAACUAUUUCUACCCUAUUCAGCUUCACCCCUACCUGUCAGUGCCCUGCCCCUUGACCUGGGUUCCCCAUUUCCAUUCCCUGGCCUCUGCCAGUAAUUUGCUAUUCAGCUGCUCCCUCCUUCCUGAGGGGCCUCAGGGCAUGUGGGGGUAGGCUGAGACCCCACCACCAAAGGUCAAGUGAGGUCACCCUGAUUAAGGACUUCACCCCUUGAUUAAAGCAACUUCUGCUUCA